GCGAGUAGUCUUAGUCUUUUAUCCGACACGCGAACAGACGCCAACGAGUCAAGUUAUAUUAAAAUCGUUUUUACAAUUAAACUUUGUGACAUUAAAUUCCGAAUAAAAUCAUAUCUUUGUGUGCUUCUUGUUAACACAAGCGGAAGAGUGUUUUUAUUUAUUUACGGCUAUCCUAGCAAAACUCAGAAGUAGAUAAAUUCACGCAGACGCAAAUGAGACUCCGCUGGCAAAAAUUGGGUGCUCCGCUUUCGUUCUAGAAAUUUCGCAAAUUUUCUUCACUUAUAUACAUACAUAUAAGCACGAAAGGGAUGAACGUAUAAUAUCCCUAAACGAGUGUGUGUGUGUAUAACGAUAUGCGUGAACGACGAGUAGUAAAGCAAUAACGACACUGAGCGUGUAAUGAGUGCAAACGCAAACGAAGGGCAGCUGAAAAGCAAAACAAAACAAAGAAAAAAGCGACAGGUUGAAUUCUUAUUAGACCGCAUUGUUGUGAAAUUAAAAAAGAAAAAAAACUAUCAAAAUGCCGGUGGUGAAAAUAAAUACAUUGAAGUUACCUGAUUUAAAAGAAAUUUUAAGCGAUAAAGUGUUUUCUACGGAAGGUUUAAAAAAUGAAUUGGUUUUGCGAUUAAGCGAAGCUGUUGGUUCGGACAGUAUCGAAAUAGCCAACGUAAAUGUGCAAGAGCAGAUUACUGAACUGCGCGACAUGUUUAGUUCCGUUUUACAAAUGUUGCAAGCGAAUAAUAACGUAGGUGAUACGAAUACGCGCGGGGAGCGAGAGCGGUUAAGUUCUCCAGCUACUAGUGCGACCACAAUUUCUGGCCGUAGUAGCUACUCAGUGAAAGAAAUUGCGGAAACUAUUCCGGAAUUUGAUCCAACAAACGAAUCUUCAAUAUCAGUUGAACAGUUCGUAGAACGCGUGAAUAGUGCAAUUCAAGCAUACCAAUGGGAAGAGAAAUGUCUUUUAUUGGCGGUGUAUAGUCGACUCAAAGGUGCAGCAAAACUUUGGUUGAAUUCUACUGAGAAAUUGUAUUCAAGUUGGAGUGAAUUAUCAAAAUGUUUGUGUGAAGAGUUCAGUUGUGUGCCCGAUGAAGCGGAUACACAUUUCAAAAUGUCCCAAGCGGCGCGUAAAACAAACGAAAGUCUUCUUGACUAUUGCUUUCGUAUAGGGGCUUUAGGUAAAAGAUUUGGUUUAAGUGAACCCACCAUAGUGAAAUACGCAAUAGAUGGUCUUAGGCAUCGGGAAUUACAAAAAGCUAUAGCAGCAAAUCGCUAUAGUUCGAUGCGUGAGUUCCGACAAACAAUAAUUGACUAUACUAAGAAUUUACCAGUGCGCACGUUUAAACCAGAAAAAUCAAUCGCGAAUGUUGAGGGAAACUCUAGUGAAAGACGUGACAGUGAUAAGCAAAUUAUUUGUUAUAAUUGUCAACAAAAGGGGCACAUUUCUUCAAAGUGUCCGCAACCACAGCGCAGGCGUAGAUGUGUUGACUGUCAAAAAGUGCAUCCUAAGGGCGAAGCUGAAAACUGUGACAACUCGUACGACUAAAGCGGUAGUU